ACGGUUACCGCAUUACCGCAAUACCGCGGUCACGUGACGCCUACCGCGGGUCUAAACCUGUAACCGUCAUCACCGCACAAAAAAAAAAAAAAAAAAAAAAAAAACAUACUAAAGCAUAAAAUACAGGCGGAUGACUCAUGAGAAAGCCAAAAAAGCAGGACCUCAGUUUUUAAUUGCACGUGCUUAUUCUGCUUAACACAAUUCUCUCACGUGGUUGCGCAGCCGACAAUUGCGCAUUUAAGCUACUAUUCCAUCGAAACAUGGCAGAGAGGGCUAACUUGGUGGCAAAGCCAAAUGUCACGUCGCCAAUAUGGGGACAUUUUGGCUUUGAACCCGAUGAAAAAGGACUUCCAGGCAAUUUUAAUGAGCCCAUUUGUAGAAUUUGCUACAAAAAGAUUCCGGUAUCACGUUCAAAUACGUCCAACCUGAGGACGCAUCUUCGAAUCCAUCAUCCGGCAACAUUUGCUGCCCUUGGGAGCACAACAAGUGCUUCGUCUGAAGAUCGGCCCACAACCUCAGGCCAGGGACGACAGCUGGGCAUCGCAGACUCGUUUGCUAAAGGGACUAAGUACCAACGCGACAGCCAUCAGUGGCGAACCCUGACGGAUAGUGUGACUCGCCUCCUAUUGGAGGAAAAGUUGCCAUUUAACUUAGUCGAGAAACCAGCCUUUAAGGCGAUGCUACUGGCCUUCGACAAACAAUAUGUCCCCCCUGACAGAAAAUACUUUUCAAAAAAGGCAGUACCAGAGAAGUAUAUGAAAAUGAAGGACAGUUUGACACGCGAGUUAAAGGACGCUGACCAUUUUUCUAUCACAACAGAUAUGUGGUCAAGCGUUAACAUGAUGCCCUAUAUGAGCGUGACAGUUCAUUACCUGAACACCAACUGGGAGCUGAAGUCAAGGUGUUUGGAGACAUCCUUCAUGCCAGAAAGUCACACAAGUGAUAACCUCUCCGAGGCUCUGCGAUCAGCUCUUAAAGAAUGGUCUCUGGAUGAGAAGAGGUUGGCUUGUGUCACUAGUGAUAACGGAGCAAACAUUGUGGCUGCGGUGAGAAAACUUGGAUGGGGAUGGCUACCAUGCUUCGGCCACAACCUCCAUUUAGCCGUCACUAACUCCAUGAACGCAGAAAAAGAACGCACUGCCCGGGCCAUGGGUUUGUGUCGAACGCUUGUGAACGCUUUCUCCCAUAGCUGGCAAAAGAAGCAACGGCUUCAGAAAGAACAAACUGAGCUGGACCUGCCUCAGCACUCCUUAGUACUGGAUUGCCCCACCAGGUGGGGAACAAAGCAAAAAAUGAUUGCGCGCAUUCUUGAACAAGGCCCUGCCAUUCGGAGGGUUUUGGAUGACCGGCGCACACAACACCUAAUUCCGACGUGGCAGGACAUGGAGGUCAUGGAAUCGGUGAAUGCAGCCCUGAAAAAAGUUGCCGAUUUCACGGAUGCACUGUCUUCUGAGCGAGCAGUGACUGCAUCCUCUUUGAAACCGGUGCUGCAGCUAGUCACCGAGGAUCUGCUGCUCCCCGCUGAGGAGGACACCCAAUUGACGCGCAACCUGAAAGAAAAAAUGUCUGCCGUUUUGAUGGAAAAAUACAGUGCACCCUCAACUCAACAGCUAUUGGCAAAGACCGCGUUUGUCGACCCUAGGUAUAAGGACAUUGACAUUUCUGACGAGGUGAAGGAUGAGCUCAUGCAGGAGAUGAUGAAUGUCCCCGAAGAGCAGCGUGAUGACGGUGAUGGAAAGGGAGCAAGUGCACCCAACCCUCCCAAAAAACCGAAUCUGGCUGACUUACUUGGGAAAAAAAAAGAAAAAACAUCUACUCCGACCCCCAAGAGAAUUCGUGUAGACACAGAGAUCAGAAGGUAUUUGCAGGAGGAAGCCCUGGAUUCCCACGCAGACCCUCUUGUCUGGUGGCGGGACAAUAGUGUCCGAUUCCCUCUGCUUUCCAAAGUAGCCCGAAAAUAUAUGACCAUUUGCGCUACAAGCAUUCCCUCAGAACGUGUGUUCAGUGCUGCAGGUAACGUCGUUACGUCUUUCAGGGCCUCCCUUAAACCUGACAAAGUGAACAUGCUAGUUUUUCUAGCAAAAAAUAUGAAGGCUGGGAUGUAAACCAUAGCGCCUUUCGUUUUGCCAGCACUUUUUUUUCAGACAUAAUUUCUGUUCUAAAUGUUCUUAUUCUAAAUGUGAAAUAAAUGUUAAAUAAAUGUGUUCCUUAUGCUCAAUUGCCUUAGCCUCUGUGUGCGCAAAAGUCGUUAUAGUUUAAGUGAUUGUUUGAUGACGACGACUGUAGCCUAAUCUGAAGAUAAAAAUAUGGAAAAUAAACAUGCAAAUUAAUAUCUAUUACUGAUCAAUACGAUAAAUAAAAAUGUGUUUGUUUGUCUUUAUGAUGCUCUAUCUUCAGAUCUCUGUUGUGAAUUGCGAUCAGAUCUGAUAUCGCCCCCAAAAAAUAUGAAGGCUAGGGUAACCUCGCCUAUUAUUUCGUUUUGCAGAAUUUUUAUUUCAGACAUCAUUCCAUUUCUGUUCUAAAUGUUCAUGUUCUAAAUGUAAAAAAAAAAAGUGAAAUAAACCUGUUCCUUAUAUUCGUUUGC